CAGGGAAGGGGGUUCCUUGGAAAUGGGGUUUCUUUGGGAAUGUGGAGGCCCUUGGGAAUGAGGGAAUCCUUGGAAUUGAGGGAUUGGCAUUGAGGGACCCUUGGUAAUGGCGGGGGUGUGAUAUUCGAACGGCUUUUGGCACUGCGGGAGACCUUUGGCAUUGAGGGUACCGCGGAAUGGGGGCGCCUUUGGCGUGAGGGGACGCUUGGGAAUGGGGGAAUCCUUGGAAUUGAGGAGUUGGGAAUGAGGAGACCCUUGCUAACAGGAGUGAACAGGGGGCUCUUGGCUGACAAGGGGUUAAAAAGGGAAUUCCUUGGAAUUAGGGGGCCUCUUGGGAAUGAGGGAAUCCUUGGAAUUGGGGGAUUGGCACUGAGGGGGCUUUGGGAAUGGGGGGACCCUCGGGACGAGCUCGGCGCAUCCGUGUGAGAGAGGAGUUCCGAAAAGACAUCCUGAGGGAAAAUGGGGAACAGCUCCAACUUUCCCCAAAUAUUUCUCGUCCCUCUGGAGCUUCCCCGGUCCCCUGAUCGUGUCACUUCCCAGCUGGAAUGUCAUCUCCUGGCUGCCAUUCCUCAUGGCAUGGGAGCCACAGGCUGUGACCCUGCUGGAUGAAGAGGAGGCACCUGACGGCCCCUGAGUGCGAAGCUCUGGCCCGGAGCACCGAGGGCUCCUCAGCACUGAGGCAGCCCCUGAGCCUGGGCCGAGGCAGAGGAGGAGCAAACCGAGGCCUUCAUCCCACCCACGGCACACGGAGACACCCCCGAGCACCGGCCCGGCAGAGGAACAUUCUGGAAUUCUUCAGGACCCGGAAGCCUCCACAAGCGGGGACUGCUGAGGGGCAGAGCUGUGGAGUCAGGGGAGAUCCACUGGAUCUCUCUGGAUCUCAGGAUCCCUUCAGGAGCAGCAGGCAGAGCUGUGGGAUCAGGGAAGAGCCACUGGAUCCUGGAUUUAGGGAUUUCUUCAGGAGCAGCAGGCAGAGCUGUGGGGUCGGGGAAAAGCCACUGGAUCCCUUUUUCCCUGGAUCUCAGGAUUCCUUCAGGAGCAGCAGGCAGAGCUGUGGGAUCAAGGAAGAGCCACUGGAUCCUGGAUUUAGGGAUUUCUUCAGGAGCAGCAGGCAGAGCUGUGGGAUCAAGGAAGAGCCACUGGAUCUCCCUGGAUCUCAGGAUCCCUUCAGGAGCAGCAUGAAAAGCUGUGGGAUCAGGGAAGAGCCACUGGAUCCCUUUUUCCCUGGAUCCCAGGAUUCCUUCAGGAGCAGCAGGCAGAGCUGUGGGGUCAAGGGAGAGCCACUGGAUCCCUUUUUCCCUGGAUCCCAGGAUUCCUUCAGGAGCAGCAGGCAGAGCUGUGGGAUCAAGGAAGAGCCACUGGAUCUCCCUGGAUCUCGGGAUUCCCUCAGCAGCAAUUCCUCCCCUUCCCUGCCUUCCCAGGGCUUUGUGGCCCCUCCCAGGGGCCAUUCCAGGAAAAGAGCUUUUCCCACUGCAGCCUCAGGAAUUCCCAGCCCGCUGCAGGAGCUGUGGGAGGAACCUGAGGAGAAGAUUCCAGAACUGAGGGGGAUCCAGCAGGAAAGGCAGGAGCCGGAGGUGGAACCUCUUCCCGAUUGCCACUAUGGCCUCCUGGGCACUCGCAACUGGGACGUUCCUCAGGGAUCCAUGGGGGAUCUUCCCGUGGAAAUCCUCAGGAAUAUUUUUGCCUUCCUGCCAGUGGUGGAUCUGUACCAGAACCUGAGCCUGGUGUGUCGCUGCUGGAGGGAAAUAAUCCAGGAUCCGCUGUUCAUUCCUUGGAAGAAGCUCCACUACCGCUACCUGCAGGGGGAGGAGUCAGCCCUGCAGAGGGUUGGGCAGAUCCUGCAGGAGUUUUCCAUCACCAAGGAGAACCAGGAAUGUGUGCUGGGGCUGGUCAGGUUUGUGUCAUCCCUGCCCACGGGCCCCAGGGUGGAUCCCAGCGCGGUUCUCCAGGUUUUGGGGAGCCAUCCCCUCUUCCCAAAGGCUCAGUUCUGCAUCCUCAACAAAUUCCCAGAUCUGAAGGGCAAGCCUGGGGAGCUGUGGGCCACGCUGGCAGUGCUGGUGCUGUUCUCGGGCGGUGUGGGUGACGUGCAGCGGCUGCUGCAGCUCCUGCAGCACCCGCGGGUGCCGCUGCCCGCGCUGCAGGCGGCCGAGGCGCUGCACUGCGUGGCCGCGCUGCUGCGCGCCGGCACCGAGCGCGGCGUGCCCGUCUCCAGCAGGAUUUACUACAAUAUUUUCUACUGUUUGCAUCUGAUGGAAAAUGCCUCUGGAAUGGUGCAGCCUCUGGAAGAGGGAAGGGUGGAUUUGAGUCCCAGUGGCUGUGCCAAUGUCAGACUGACCCACGAACAGCAGAGGAUUUUGAGUCACAAAAUUGAGCCUGGCCAAACAGUGAAAAUUAUGGCACUCGCAGGCACAGGGAAAACCUCCACCUUGGUCAAGUACGCGGAGAAAUUCCCGGAGCUGAAAUUCCUUUACCUGGCUUUUAACAAGGCUGUGGCAGAGAAGGGGAGAAGGGUUUUUCCAAGGAAUGUCACGUGCAAGACCUUCCACUCCCUGGCUUAUGGAAGCAUUGGGAGAUACUACAAGGACAAAGGCAAGCUGAACUUCUCCAAGAUGUCCGUUUUCUCCAUCAGCUUCCUCCUGCAGAACAGGGAGGGCCAAUCCCUGUUUGUGAGAGGGAAAACGGUGACCCAGACCUUGGAAAAUUUCUUUUCCUCCUCGGAUGAGGAGAUCUGUGAGGAGCACACGCCCCUGUGGUUCAAAAACACUCACGGGCAGAUGCAGCUGAUGAGCCGAGAGGAGAAGAAAAUCAACGUGGAAGAAGCCAAAGAGAUUUGGCGUAACAUGAAGAAGCUGGAUGGAGACGCAGAGAAGAAAUACAAGAUGACUUGUGAUGGAUAUUUGAAGCUUUGGCAGCUCAGCAAGCCCCAGCUCUCGGGGUACGAUGCCAUUUUUGUGGAUGAAGCCCAGGACUGCACUCCAGCCAUCGUGGAUAUUGUGCAAUCCCAGCGAUGUGGGAAGAUCCUGGUGGGAGACCCUCACCAGCAGAUCUACACCUUCCGAGGGGCCGUCAACACCCUCUACGCGGUGCCUCACACCCACCUGUACUACCUGACCCAGAGUUUCCGCUUCGGGCCCGAGAUCGCCUUCGUGGGCUCCGCCGUCCUGGCCAUGGGCAGGGGCAGCCGCAGCCGCGCCCUGCUGGGCGGGACCCAGAGCGGCUCUGUGCGGACGGGCCGGGCGGGGCCGGCGGCGCUGCUGUCCCGCAGUAACUGCAGCGUGUUCGAGGACGCCGUGAGAUUCUCUGCCAGACAACCCCCGGCCAAAAUCCACAUUAUUGGGGGCUUGGAGAGGUUUGGCCUGGGCAGGAUUUUGGCCAUUUGGAAGCUGGGCCAGCCCGCAGAGCUCCGGGGGAGCUGCCAGCUGGAGGUGGAGGAUGCGUUGGUGCGGCGCUGGGAGGAGCGCGGCGGGCUGGCGGCGCUGCGCGACUUCGCCGAGCGCGCCGACGACAGGGACCUGCAGGGCAAGAUCGCCAUCGUGGACAGGCACAGGGACAACAUCCCGGGAAUGGUGGCCAGGAUCAGGGCCAGCCACGUGGCACAGCAGGACCUGGCAGAUUAUCUCCUCGGGACCGUGCACCAGGCCAAGGGCCUGGAGUUCGACACCGUGUGGGUCACGGAUGACUUUGUGCAGAUCCCUGCUGUCAGCGAGGCUUUCCUCAGGAGGAUGAACAUCCAGCUUGGCAGGACCCCUGAGGAUGAGUGGAACCUGCUCUACGUGGCCGUGACCAGAGCCAAGAAAUGCCUGCUGAUGUCCAAAUCCCUGGAAAACCUUCUCACUCUGGCUGGGGAGCGAUUCCUGCGGGUGGAGCUGCUCAGGGAGGCUGGGAAGGACCAGGACAGGGCUCCCAUCCCUUGCUGUGUGUCAGGAUGUACAAAAUCCCUGGAAGUCAGCUCCGGGCUGGUGGUGAAGAAGCUCCCGUUGACUCACAGCGACGGCAGCUGGGAUCCCGGGGGGUUCCUCUGCCAGGCGUGCACCUGGCAGUUCUUCGGCGCCCUGGCUCCGCUCACCUCCGUCCCAAAGAUCCACUAAGAGCCCAGACAGCUCCAGGAAAGCCCUCCAGAUUCCCAGAGCCAGCCUGGGCAUGGGACUAAUCCUCUUGGAACAUCUCAGCUCCAGAAACAGGUGGAUGCUGGAGUGGGAUUUCAGCCCAGCUCCAAAUUCCAGGCAGAUGUUGGAGCAGGAUUUCAGCCCAGCUCCAAAUUCCAGGAGGAUGUUGGAACAGAAUUUCAGCCCAGCUCCAAAUUCCAAGGUGUUGGAGC